CGGCGAUCGGAAAGACUGGUUUAUAAGCUAUGACAUCUCUUUCGUGGAUUGUGCAACAAGUACUCCUGGGGUCGUAGAUACCUUUUUCAAAAAUCAUACUGGUCAAGGGUGUCCUGGAUGGGACGAGGGCGUCAAGGUCUACGGAACUAAUGGUCGCGAAUGGCACAGAGAACCCGUAUCAGCCUGUACGCCAAUGCGCAGCCGGAUCGAUCGAUGCUGACAUCCAUUUUGUUUUGUGCUCCGGCACCACAUCCGACGGCGGUGAUCCGGCCAUCCCCGGCUACCGAGCACCUUCACCGGAUGACGGACCGAACGCUACGCCGCAGCAUUUCUCUGCUUCAUCUCCCUCUCCCUCUCCGCCACUUGCCAGCUUGGUGCACCAGGGCACAUCGCCUCUGUACAGCCCGGCAGACGAUGGCGUCACGACACGUUAUGCGGCUGCUCCAGCUAUAGUGACGAUUGAGGUCACCGGGACUGCCCUACUCUCUGAGGAUGAUGUUGCUAAGAUCUUCAUAGCUUAG